UGUAUUUCGAGUCGAUCGCAAAUCUUCAAAUCUUUCACCGGAUAUGUCGACUAAGGGGAGACAAACGGAGUUACAAUUCAUCAAAAGUCCUGCAUAGUAUCGAUAGAAAAUUGUCAAAAUCUUCUCACAUGAGAUCAGAUUUAUUUCUUCCCCAUUGUUUAAAAUGAAUUAUCAGUUCAGAUAUAGAAAGUGAUAACAUCUUUAUCGGCUUCAAGGUAUUCGAUGGUUAGAAUUUUAUCUCACCUUUAUCGCCCCUUGCAUCACUCCCGCUAUCGGAUUAUUGUCUUCCUUUGUCGUGGUUGAGGAUUAAUAAUGAUGUUUAAUACUGCAGCAGUAACUAUCGAGAAAACAGUAUGGAGGAUUAUCAUAUUAUUUAUAUGCGCUAGAACGACAUUUGGCGAUUCUUACUUCCGUAUACACUUUCAAAGUUUCGGAAACACCAGAAAUCUCAUGCGAACACCAUCAGACAACAUUACAUGCUGCAGAACGCAGUGUCUUCUACCUUGUUCAGGCUAUCUGACCGUGUCUCUAAGCGGAGCGUUCGGUGAGAUCACGCGGGACUGCUUUCGAAUCGGGACAUCAUCGACUAUUUCGUUUGGAGAUAGAGUUGGCAAUGCGAAUAAUCCCGUAGUAUUUCGAUUUCAAGCCCCGGAUCUUAGCAAAAACAUCUCGUUAUCCAUAAAAAUCCGAUCUGACCAUGACUCCAACUUCACCAUAUACCGUCAUAAAUUUUCCUUCAUGCUCUUAGUGUUGGGAAAUAUUAGAAGUCCGACUUCGUUUUCUAGUCGUGAUGCAUCAACAAACUCAAGUUUGAACUUUAGCGUUGAUUUUGUGAACUGCAAGGGAAAUAAGUCGCUUCAUCUAUUCUGCAAUGACAAGGGGGAGCGCGUGUGCGAGAAAAACUACUACGGUGAACAUUGUAGGGAACACUGCAUCGUCACCACUAUCACAAGAGGCCACUGCAACCAACUGGGAAAACUUGUGUGUGAAAAUGGUUGGACUGGUUCUGACUGUUCCAUUUCUCCUUCAACAAAAGAAAAUCCACCACCAAGAAAUUCACAAACCAUACCAUCCAGGAAAGCAACGAUUUCAACUGAUAUAUCAACGACAACAUCAAAUAUCAUUUAUUCGUUAUCCCCAUCGUUAUCCGUAUCGUCAUCCACAAGGACCCCUGCAUCAAUUACAGAAGAGAAAGCCGACUCCUCCACAUUUGGAAUCAGAACAGAUGUAUUUUCAGGCUUCACUCAAACGAAAAAUUAUAUCAGUAAAUUCGUUACCAGCGCAACAAAAAUUGUACAACGAGAACUUACAUCCAACUCCAUUGACACAACGAGAACAUCUACCUCGUCGAGACCUCCAUCGUCCACUAGCAGUUCAGGGGACAUCAGUCCAGAAAUGCUGCAUUCAAGAGCAACUGGUAAUAAUUCGCUGAUUACAUUAUCUUCCCUCCCUCGGACGAUUUUUUUUCCGACUGAAUCCAUUACCAGUGCAACAAAGAUAGCCAAAGAACUAACAACAAACCGGGUAUCAAGCCCCAUCAGACAAAUGAGAACGUUCACAAGUAAUCUUAAAUCAAGCCCCAGCAGACCAAUGAGAAAGUCCACAAGUAAUCUUAAAUCAAGCCCCAGCAGACCAAUGAGAAAGUCCACAAGUAAUCUUAAAUCAAGCCCCAGCAGACCAAUGAGAAAGUCCACAAGUAAUCUUAAAUCUGCUACUGGCAAUACUCAAGAUGUCAGUGCAGAACAAAUGUUUUCAACGACAGCUGGCAGUCGUUUGAUAUUAAGUACAGUAAACAAUGAAGCCACUGAACAUGUCAAGAUCACCCCAACACUUCACUCCACAACACGCGAGUCAACGCAACAAAGCAGCAUGUUGACCCAGACUUCCACUGAAAUUGAUAAAACCACACCUAUUUUGGGAUGCAGCUGUUCAAAGAUUAGAAUAGAAUUAACAUACAGAAAUUUGACACACACACCAUUUCCCGUUCUGCAUCUCCUAUUGAACAUACAAAAUUUCUUGAGAGACACUAUUUGUUCGGAAACAAAUGUAAUUGACGUCGACGAAUGUUUGGAUAAAAGUGCAGACAACCGAACAUUGUACAUACAAGCGAAAUGUGGAGACAGAUGUGUGACGGAUCACGAAAUCUACUCACAACUCAACUCUCUCACGGAUGAAAAUUUCAAACACAGAUUUCCCAUUCUUCAGAGGACCACUCCCAGGUCACCGUCCGCUAAGGAUGAAGACUCUAACUGGUUCUCUGUACACUGGCAGUGGAUGCUCGGAGCGUCUUUGUGUCUCUUCGUAAUUAUACUAGGAUGCAUCAUCAUAAUGCAUCACCGUCAAAGAAAAUCUGAAAUCCAGGGAAGAGACAGCAGUGAAGAAGACAUUAGAGAAAUGUCAACGUUCGAUCCUUACCUGAAUCCCAUCUACUCCUUAAACGAUUAAAUUAGAAUAUAUCAAAGUCCCUGUUACUACAACCCCAAAAGGCGCAUGUCCUAAAUUGUAACAGUAUUAUCAGUAUUAUCGACAUUUUUUAGGUCAAUAUCAUAAUUUAGCUAUCCAGGAACAAUAUCUUCACCGACCCCGGGGAAAAUUCACAACUACCAGUCGAAAAUAAGUCUACCGUCAUCAAACGGUAUUUAAAAAAUAUCAGAAGCGGACUUCCCUAAACCGCCCAGCUUCCGGCCUGAAUGAAAUGGCCGGGUUCGAAGAUUGACCGGUUUACAGAGAACCUAGCAUGUAGUGAUGGCGUGUCUCUGUCAUCAUGAGAUAUUAUUUCUUCUUUGUACCAUGCAUUUUUUUUUAGAUAAAGAAAACUAACACAUAUCUUCAUAUAAUAAAUAGUGUUUGUUAAUGACUUUUAAGUUUGGAAAUAAAUAUAAGUUGUGUCA